AACGUUGCCUGAAAACAAUGGAAUAUGUUAGUCCAGCCUUUCGAUUUUCAUUUCAAAAUAUAUAGUUUAAUGUGGAAUUCCAAUAAGAGGCUCCACAUUCUAAAGCGUUCUCCUCUUUCAACAUGACUACCAUUACUUAUUUAGGAAUUAUACUCUUCCUAUCCUUAUCCUUAUGGAUUAUCUACGGCGCAACAUAUCGUCUCUAUUUUAGUCCCAUUGCCAGGUUUCCAGGCCCAAAACUUGCAGCCUUGACGUUGUGGUAUGAAUUCUACUUCAAUGUCAUACGUGACGGACAAUGGAUUUGGGAAAUCAAACGAAUGCACGAAGAGUAUGGUAUGUUUAGUCGCAUUCUUGCUGACGUUGUGUUGCGACUGAAAAUCAUAGGCCCAAUAGUGCGCAUCAAUCCUUAUGAAUUGCAUAUUGAUGAUCCGGAGUAUUAUGAUGAACUAUAUGCGGGAAAUGCGAGAAAACGUGAAAAGUAGGUUUGUGAGAAAGAUUACUUUAUUCUGCCCCAGGGUUUCCAAUAGUGCGGGAAUUUAUUCCAACAGCAAAAUGAAACACUCAAGUACACAAAACGUUCUCGAAGACUGAAAGCUUUCAUAUGUAAUUGUCAUUCGGUAACAUCGGACACACUGCACUCCCCAAUAUGCAGUCCCGGGAUCGAUGAAUUACCUCUCUUACCAUUUUAUUUCUUUUUAGCUAUUGAAAUUCUACUCCUUUCUUGUACGUUAUGGGAGCACAGAGCGGGCCAUUGGAUGGCAAGAUCGGUUGAUCUCUGCAAAGUUGCACUUGAUAUCAUUAUCUUCUACUUGGAAAAGAUUUCUGCAUUGUGCAUAGACUAUUAAACUGACUGAGAAUGACAGGUAUCUAUGGUUCGUCAGCUCGUCUGGUUCUCCGGGAAGCAGCUUCGAGACUAUAGGACAUGACCACCAUCGCAUUCGAAGAAAUGCCGUCAACCCUUUCUUUUCCAAGCGAUCAAUUGUUGCUAUGGAGCCGCUUAUUAAAUCGAAAAUCACCUUGUUGUCUAAUAUACUUCACUCGCAUUUUGUCAAUCAGACACCUGUCAACCUCCGAGUCGUGUUCUCUUCCCUUACUUUAGACGUGAUUUCAGAUUAUUGCUUCGGAGAGGCUUUCGGCGCUUUGACUGACAAAAAUCUGGCUGAAAUUUGGAGUCAAACUCUUUCCCAGAUUAUGUCUAUAACGACACUUGUUAUGCACCUCCCUAUACUACCCAAUAUUUUGUCUUGGUUACCAGAUAGUAUGGCUGGGCCAGUAUUGGGACAUCACAGAGUUGGUUUAAAGAUUUGUUCCCGUAUGUACAAACUAGAACCUGACCGCUAUACUAGAAUUCAAGAAGACAGGUGGCACGUAUUCUAAAUCACGAAGAUGCUGGAGGUCGUCAAAAUACAAUAUUCCACGAACUUCGCGACACUGACAUUCUUCCCCCUCAAGAAAAAACACUUAGUCGACUGGCUGAUGAGGGAAAUAUCCUGAUCGGAGCUGGAGGUGAGACAACCGCUCAGACUUUGGCCGUAUUGUUUUAUCACCUUCUGGAUAAUCCAAAAAUGCUAUCAAGAAUCAAGGAUGAGCUUAGCACCUUGGAUGAAGACAUUACUUGGAUGCGAUUGGAGAAGUUACCGUUCCUGGUCAGCUAAUCCGCGCUAUUGCGAGACAUAAUGAACCGCUAACUCAAAUUGUUCUAGUCAGCGGCUAUAACCGAAGCAUUACGACUUUCAGGUGUAACCUCACGUCUCCCUCGAAUCGCGCCCAAUGAAGAUAUGAAGUUUCAACAAUGGACAAUUCCUGCCAGUGUGUGUAUAUACUCUUGCCUUUUUGUCCCAUGAUUAAUUGCUAUCCCUGCUCCCCGAGUGCAUCUCAUCACUUUCUCUACAUUCACCAUGUUCGUCAUUUUAACAAAAACCUAGACACCAACAAGCAUGUCCUACUACUUCCUCCAUCACUCUCCAGAAAUCUUCCCCUCCCCUGAAACAUUUGACCCCACUCGAUGGAUCUCAGAUUCGGUCUCAAAUGGUUCAACCACUGGAGAUACUUUGCGAAAACAUAGACUGGACAAGUAUUUUGUACCUUUUUGCAAGGGGACGAGAAUUUGUCUUGGCAUCAAGUACGGAACUGACUAUUCUAUUUCUCCUUCCGCUGACCUGACUAAUGAAUUACCUAAAUUAGUCUCGCAUAUGCAGAAUUGUUCCUCACAACCGCGUACGUUCUCAAGCGCUUUGAUCUCGAGCUUUAUGGAACUACAAAGAAAGAUGUGGAGAUCAAAAGGGAUCAUUUCGUCGCGGCACCGGCCGCGGGAAGCAAAGGUAUCAGGGUGAUAGUAACAGGAGAUAAAGGGAAGUAAUGAAGUGGCACUGUGCAAGUUUUGUAUUGGGUACGACGCAGCAUUGCAGGUGCUCUUUAUUUAAGAGCUUGUGCCGCCUGUUUUUCCACUAGUUAUCUCAGGGUGGAGAGUCUUUGUUCCAUAGGCUAGCAAUUUGCUCGUUAGUAACAGGUCAAGAUCACGUACUAUAACCUACCAGGCAGUUGCGUGUCGUCUGUUGGGUGGGUAAAAAUCUCGUCUUGAACGGUGAUAAUCAAGCCUGAGACCAGUUCCGUGGGUACCACCGCCCCAUUCCUCUUUUCAACAGUCCACCGUAGAUUAGUCUUCAAAUAGUCAGCUACGUCCUCAAUUUUAGUGGUACGACGGCCUUAAUAGCAUCUGC